AUGAGUGAAAACUUGAAGGACUGUUUGAUCCAGACCCAAACUUCCUUAGGGGAGAUGGUGACGAUAAAAACAGAGGCUUGCUCUCCGCGCCGUGACCAGGAGUAUGGACAACCUUGCUCUGGAAGGCCUGAUCCACAGUCCAUGGAUGUGGAACCCAAGAAAAUGAAAGGGAAGCGAGAUUUGAUCAUGACCAAGAGCUUUCAACAAGUGGAUUUCUGGUUUUGCGAGUCCUGCCAGGAGUACUUUGUCGAUGAGUGUCCGAACCACGGUCCCCCGGUGUUCGUGUCUGACACCCCAGUGCCUAUCGGGAUCCCUGACCGGGCAGCGCUGACCAUCCCACCUGGUAUGGAGGUGGUGAAAGAAGCCAACGGGGAGAACGACGUGCGCUGUAUGAACGAGGUGAUUCCCAAAGGUCACAUCUUCGGGCCAUACGAGGGGCAGAUCUCUAGCCAGGACAAGUCCGCAGGAUUCUUCUCUUGGCUGAUCGUGGAUAAGAACAACCGCUACAAAUCCAUAGAUGGGACAGAUGAAACCAAAGCAAACUGGAUGAGGUAUGUGAUCAUCUCCCGAGAGGAGAGGGAGCAGAACCUGAUGGCCUUUCAGCACAGUGAGAGGAUUUACUUCCGUGCCUGUCGCGACAUCCGGCCUGGCGAGAAGCUGAGGGUCUGGUACAGUGAGGAUUACAUGAAGCGGUUGCAUAGUAUGUCCCAGGAGACCAUCAACAGAAAUCUCACGAGAGGAGACAAAAAGUUAAGGGAGAAGUCAGAAAAGAUAAUGGAAAAUCAAGAGGACAUGCGGGGGGCACUCCAGCUGACCACAAUGAAGCAAGGGAAGAGUCCUUACAAACGCAGCUGUGACGAGGGGGAAUCCCACCCCCAAACAAAGAAAAAAAAAAUUGACCUCAUCUUCAAAGAUGUCCUCGAAGCUUCUUUAGAGUCUGCCAAAUUGGAAGAGAACCAGUUAGCAACGAGUACACCCAUUUCCAUCAGAAAAGCGUCUAAAUACCAGGCUGAAGACAUCUUUGAGAGGUGCAGCAGUGCCAUGCAACACAGCUCCCUGAACUUCAGCAGAGAUCGGAGUGAGGGGGAAUGGAAGGUUCCCCACAGUUCCUCUUUUAGCUCAGCCAAAGAGAUGGGGCUCCUUGAAGAUGAUGAAGAAGAGCCUCUGUCACUCAAAGCAGACAGCCCAACUGAGUUGCUACUGGCCUCUGCUCAAGGCAACUCCCAUGAAAUCCCCACCACCUCCUUCUGCCCCAACUGUAUCCGGCUGAAGAAGAAGAUCCGGGAGUUGCAGGCUGAGUUAGACAUGCUAAGAUCUGGGAAGUUACCUGAGCCACCCGUGUUACCACCUCAGGUACCUGAGCUCCAAGAGUUCUCUGACCCCACAGCUUCAGAAAGCAUCAUCUCUGUUCCCACCAUGAUGGAGGACGAUGACCAAGAGGUGGAUUCUGCUGAUGAAUCAGUUUCCAAUGACAUGAUUGCUGCUACAGAUGAGCCUUCCAAGAUGUCUUCUGCGACGGGUCGGAGGAUACGGCGUUUCAAGCAAGAGUGGCUUAAGAAGUUUUGGUUUCUGCGGUACUCCCCAACGUUGAAUGAAAUGUGGUGCCAUGUCUGCAGGCAGUACACAGUGCAAUCCUCUCGGACUUCAGCCUUCAUCAUUGGCUCAAAACAGUUCAAGAUACACACAAUAAAGCUUCACAGCCAGAGCAACCUUCACAAGAAGUGCCUGCAGCUCUACAAGCUCAGGAUGCAUCCAGAAAAGACAGAAGAGAUGUGCCGAAACAUGACUCUGCUCUUCAAUACAGCCUACCACCUGGCUUUGGAAGGCAGGCCUUACUAUGACUUUCGGCCGCUGGCAGAACUGCUGAGAAAGUGUGAGCUCAAGGUGGUUGAUCAAUACAUGAAUGAGGGAGACUGCCAAAUCUUAAUUCACCAUAUAGCCCGGGCUCUUCGAGAGGACCUGGUGGAACGGAUCCGACAGUCUCCCUUCCUCAGCAUCAUUCUGGAUGGUCAGAGUGAUGAUUUGCUUGCAGACACAGUUGCAGUGUAUGUUCAAUACACAAGCAGUGAUGGGCCUCCAGCAACUGAAUUUCUAUCUCUUCAAGAACUGGGCUUUUCUACAACAGACAGUUACCUCCAAGCAUUAGACAGGGCCUUUUCCAGCCUGGGAAUACGAUUGCAGGAUGAGAAGCCAACUAUUGGCUUGGGAGUUGAUGGUGCUAACAUUACUGCCAGCCUGAGAGCUAAUUUGUUCAUGACAAUCAGAAAGACUUUGCCAUGGCUACUCUGCUUGCCAUUUAUGGUACACAGGCCCCAUUUGGAAAUACUGGAUGCAAUUAGUGGGAAAGAGCUUCCAUGCCUGGAGGAGCUAGAAAAUAACUUGAAGCAAUUGCUCAGUUUCUAUCGUUACUCUCCCCGACUCAUGUGUGAGUUGAGAGUCACUGCUGCCACUCUGUGUGAAGAGACUGAGUUCUUGGGAGACAUCCGAGCAGUGAAGUGGAUCAUUGGGGAGCAGAACGUGCUCAAUGCUCUGAUCAAGGAUUACCUUGAGGUUGUGGCCCAUCUCAAAGAUGUCAGCGGACAGACCCAAAGGGCAGAUGCUUCUGCAAUUGCCUUGGCCCUCCUGCAGUUCUUGAUGGACUACCAGUCAAUUAAACUCAUCUACUUCUUGCUGGAUGUGAUUGCUGUGCUUUCACGCCUUGCCUAUGUCUUCCAAGGGGAGUACCUUCUUGUGUCGCAAGUGGACGAUAAAAUAGAGGAGGCUAUCCAGGAGAUCAGUCGUCUGGCAGACUCACCUGGGGAGUACUUGCAGGAAUUUGAGGAAAACUUCCGUGAAAGCUUUAAUGGCAUUGCUGUGAAAAACCUACGGGUGGCUGAAGCCAAAUUCCAGUCAAUCAGAGAAAAGAUCUGCCAGAAGACCCAGGUGAUCCUAGCCCAAAGGUUUGAUUCCCGGAGCCGGACAUUUGUGAAAGCCUGUCAGGUAUUUGACCUUGCAGCUUGGCCCAGAAGCACUGAUGAGCUCAUGAGCUAUGGGAAAGAGGAUAUGGUACAAAUAUUUGAACACCUGGAGACAGUCCCAUCGUUUUCCAGAGAGGUUUGCAGAGAGGGGAUGGACACCCAAGGGAGUUUGCUGAUGGAGUGGCGAGAACUCAAGGUGGAUUAUUAUACCAAAAAUGGUUUUAAAGACUUACUCAGUCACAUUUGUAAAUACAAACAGAGAUUUCCCCUCUUAAAUAAAAUAGUUCAGAUCCUCAAAGUCCUUCCCACCUCAACGGCCUGCUGUGAGAAGGGGCGCAAUGCCCUGCAGAGAGUGCGCAAAAACAACCGCUCUCGGCUCACGCUGGAGCAGCUCAGUGAUCUUUUGACAAUUGCUGUUAAUGGACCACCCAUUGCCAACUUUGAUUGCAAAAGGGCACUAGAUAGUUGGUUUGAAGAAAAAUCAGGCAAUAGUUAUGCACUGUCCGCUGAAAUGCUGAGCAGGAUGUCCUCUCUUGAGCAGAAGCCAGUGCUGCAGAGCAUGGACCAUGGCUCUGAAUUUUACCCCGACAUCUAGGAAGGAAUGCCUCAGAUCAGAAAGCUGUUGAAUAAUUUUUGUUUUUAAUCUAUACUCUAAACUUUGAUAUAUUAUAAAAUAUAUAUAUAUUAUAUAUAUAUUAAGGAAAAUCCCACACUGAAAAAUUAAGAGUUAGGGCGAUGUGCGUCUGAUAGAAGCUAAGCAGAAUUUUAAAGAUUGAGACAAUGUUUAAAAAUUUACUGGUGUCUCCAACCAUGGCAGCUGCAGUGUAGGUGGCAACAUUUCAUUCUUUAGAAGCUGUGUGCUGGGGCCAUACUCUACAUGUUCAGCCCUAACAAUCUAUAAGCUAGAUGACAAGUCUUUGUCAACCUCCUUCUCCCAGUG